AUGCCAGGACUAGACGAAUUUAUCAAGUUUUUGACGGAAUGUUGUCACAUGCUCAGAGUCUUGAACAACUCGAAGGAGAAGCCUGCAGCGCAAAGGCAACAGCAGCAAAAAAAGAGUGAGAAAAAGAUUUCUCUUGCUUCGACAUCAUCGAGUUGUAAGAUUUGCAACGGAGAUCAUCCAGUAUACAAAUGCGAUGAGUUGCUCAAAACCGCAACAUCGGAAAGAUUUAAAUUGGUUAGAGAGAAGCAACUCUGCGUAAAUUGUCUCAACCCAGGGCAUUAUGCAAAAAAUUGCAAAGCAUCAUCGUGUAAAAAAUGUCAAGGCAAGCACAACACUAUUCUACACAGAGAAACGAAAACAUCGUCGCAUGAGAACGAAAAUACGGAAACGUCAGUAGUGACAAUUUGCUCAGAGAAUUUAUCGACAAAAGCCAUACCCACAGAAGUUUCGAGAGAUGAGGAGAAAGUAGGAGUAUACUACACUUAA